UAACCUCCUGUAUUUUCUGACUUUGAUGUUGAGGGGAGACCCUCCGUCAGCUGUCCUUUGGGGCUGGGGCUGGUUCUGGAGUUGCCAGGGCACCUUUGGGGGCUCCUUGUGUGAGGGUCGGGCAGUGGUCGGCAGACUCUCUCGGCCGCGCGUCAGGGGGAGCUUGGAAUUCCUGCAGCGCUUCUGUUCUGUGGCCGGGCCGGUCUCAGCUCCCACGUCCACAGCGGGGCUGCUGAGUCAGCCGGGAGUCAAAGGCCCGGGGGCGGGGGUGUGCGGGCCUGGAACUUCCUGCCCCAGCCGCCCCAUCCUCCGCGGUGCCAGCACACCUCCAGACGCCACCCCUUGCCACCAGCUUCCUCCAUCCUGUCCGCAGGGUGAGAGGCCCGUGCGGUGAGCGUGGGCCCCCGAGAGGCUAGGCUCGAGCCUCCUGUCCUUGAUGCCCGAGAUGUAUGCAGUGUGAUGCCAAGUUUGACUUUCUCACCAGAAAGCACCACUGCCGCCGGUGCGGGAAGUGCUUCUGUGACAAGUGCUGUGGCCAGAAGGUGCCGCUGCGGCGUAUGUGCUUCGUGGACCCGGUGCGGCAGUGCGCCGAGUGCGCCCUCGUGUCCCACAAGGAGUCCGAGUUCUAUGACAAGCAGCUCAAAGUGCUCCUGAGCGGAGCCACCUUCCUUGUAACUUUCGGAGAUGCCGAGAAACCAGAAACAAUGGUUUGCCGUCUCUCCAACAAUCAGAGGUACUUGCUUCUGGAAGGGGACAGCCGCUACGAGAUUGAAAUCGCACGUAUUUCGACCGUGCAGACCCUCACGGAAGGCUUCCCCCCCGGAGAAAAAGACACUCACACUCACACCAGCCUCCUGGGGAGCCAGCCCGUCUCGGAAGGAGGCAAUGCACGGGCCACAGGCAUGUCCCUGCAGUACUCAGCACCAGGGGCAGAGGGCACGACCCAGCUGAAACUGAUGGCAGGGGAGGACGCAAAUGCCAGCAGGAGGCAGGCGACAGCGUGGCUGGCAGCCAUGCACAAGGCCACCAAGCUCCUCUACGAGUCACGGGAUCAGUAAUCCCACGCAGGAUGGACCGUCAGCACAAAACCGCGGAGCCUGACCUCUGCACGCACGCAGGCAACUAACCCUACGCGUGCUGGGAAAUGCAGUUCGAGUGUUUGCGGAACAGAUGUGCUUAGAUAUCUAGUGCAGCAUGCAGUUUAGGACUGCUCCAGACAGCGGCGGGCUUUGGAGUUGCUGUAUUACCUUGUUGAUUCUUAACUGGAGGUGGGAGAGGGUUACACUACUGCUAAACAAUUUUUAGCAUAACUUAAACCAUGUUUUUAUGGGGGCCCCGGUUUACUAGAAGGUUCUGGCGCCUCAGCGUUCACUCUUGCACCACGAUGAGUUGGGUGGUGGUAACGCAGGCCUGAUCUGUCCGAGAGCCUGUCUCUAGCACGCCACUUUCCGGUGUGCCCGAGCCCGUUUAUAGACCGCCCACUUCCCGCAUCACUAAUCGGGGCUACGGAUACACCUGUGAUACUUCACUAAGGGGGAGGAGCCAGCUUUGCUUUUUGUACUUUUCACUAUUUCACUUUAUUAAAAUAAAUACUUGUACAACAGUUUGUAUAUAAAGCUUAUGAUUAAAACCUAUUUUGAAACUAUA